AUUUGUGGCCAAACCUUUCGACGUUCUUACGACUUGUCGCGUCAUCAAACGAUUCACCUAAAAAACCGGCCGUAUUGCUAUUGUGAUCAAUGUGGCAAAAAGUUCACGAGAAUGGAUGCCUUGCGUCGUCACGAGCGUGUUCAAGGUCAUACACCAUCAUCCUCUUCUUCUUCUUCUUCG